AGGAUUCAAAAUGAAGUUAAAUAAAAAAGUGCUUGAUUUUGUUUUUAGUUGGUCUUGUGUGUGAUCUCCUUAGUAGAGAGAGAAGAACAUGGUUUUAGGGAUGUUGCAUAUGUUUGUUUUCUGGAAUGUUGGAGAGAGAAGAUUAUAAGUUGUCUUUGGGCCAGACCCAUUUGAAAAUGUCAAGAAUUCAGCUUCUUCAAAUCCAGGAAAAAGAUGGUUACAUGAGUUAUUCUCCUCCAUUUGCCCCCAUCUCUUCAUCACCGUAUACUGGUGGGUUUCCCAAAGAAUCAACCCCAACAUCAUCAUCAUCAUCGUCAUCAUCAUCUUCUGGUACGAGAAUAAGCCCGGCUGUUCUUUUCAUAAUCGUGAUUCUGGCCGUACUGUUCUUCAUCUCCGGUCUUCUCCACUUGCUGGUUAGAUUUCUCAUAAAGCACCCAUCUUCCUCAGCUUCUUCUCAAUCUAAUAGAUACCCGGCAGAGCUUUCCACAUCUGAUGCUCUUCAGAGACAGCUUCAGCAACUCUUUCACCUCCAUGAUUCUGGUCUGGAUCAGGCUUUUAUAGACGCUCUUCCUGUUUUCCAGUACAAAGAGAUUGUGGGGUUGAAAGAGCCCUUUGAUUGUGCUGUUUGCCUUUGUGAGUUCUCCGAAAAGGAUAAGCUCAGAUUGCUUCCUACGUGCAGCCAUGCCUUCCACAUCAGUUGCAUUGACACUUGGCUCUUAUCGAAUUCGACAUGUCCUCUUUGUAGAGGAACCCUCUUUGCGCCCGGGUAUUCCAUUGAAAACCCGAUUUUCGAUUUCGAUGAUUUUCGAGAAGAAGAUGCGCGGUCGGGCAAUGGCGGGUUGGUUUCAUCUCAGAAGACUAUGGAGAUCGAAGAAACUGUUGUUGAUAAGGGAGUUUUGCCCGUUAGACUAGGCAAAUUCAGAAGGGUCAAUGGCGAGUUAGGCGAUUCGGGAGUUGGAGAGACCAGUAGCAGUAGAUUGGAUGCAAGAAGAUGUUUCUCAAUGGGGUCUUAUCAGUAUGUACUCGGCGAUUCAGUCCUUCGAGUCGCCUUAGGCAACGAUCAACAAGGCCGCGAAGUUAAGCCAACUAAAGGACCAGAAAAUGGAAAUAGUAAUCCCAAUGUUGAUGGAGAUUUGGAGGGAAAGAAGAUUAGUAGUGUUAGUAGAGGUGAGAGCUAUUCUGUUUCCAAGAUCUGGCAAUGGUCUAAGAAGGGAAAGUUUUCGACUUCAACGGAUGCACAGAUUGGUAUGCCUUCUUCUCUCAAUAUGGACUUGCCAUGGAUGGAAAAGGCACAAGGCGUAUGAUUGACUAUUAUGAGAGGUACAUUCUUUAUUGUUUUUGUGGUUGAUUAGCAAUCUGAAUCAUCAAAGUUUGGAAGCAGGCUGGUUGGUUCAAGUUUUUUUUUCCCCACUUUCCUGUUGAAAAAUUUUUGUGGUGCUGCUAAUUCAGUAAUUCUGAUGAUUGCUUUUGUGGCAUUACUGUUUAUGUACAUCAUAAUCUUGUUCUCGUUGAAACCAGAAGGACACAUCCUGUUCUCAGAGGGAGAUUCUAAUUUUAGGGAAUGCCGGUCUAAGAGUAAGACAUGUCUUGCUUAACCCAACUUGGGAUUCUUGUAUGAAAAAUUUAAUGAUGUCUUUUGUGAACAAUGACACAGAAAUAUCACUAUGAUUAUAUUGGUUGCUUAAUACAUAUGUGGGUCGAUCCCAAUCUCUUCUCCAUGGUCGCUUAACCCUUCUUGGCUUUGGCAGAAGGGGGGUCCAAAGCCUGUAGUGGAUUGAAAUGGUUUUGCUAUUCUCGGCCACAUGGGUGUAAAAUGCUUGUAGCCAAAUGUAUUUAGCAGCCCAUUAGGCAUCAACGGUGCUCGGCACUAUAACUCACAGUGGGCUGAGCUCCCGACAAGGGCUCAUAAUGCUCGCACCGCACUACAACCCACA